GGAGGGACCGGCGUGAUGCCGGGGCUGAGGGGCAGCCGGGGCGGCACACGAACGGGACGGGGCAGAGGUCUGCGGUUCGAGGACGCCUCCCCUCCACGGCGGGGGCCGUCACCACGGCCGGGGCCGGGCCGGGGAGGGGUUUCCCCUCCUUGGUUUCCGCGCCUGCGGGGGCUGUCUGCGCCGUGCCGUGUCGCCAUGUCGCCCUCCGCGCUGCUGCUGCCGCUGCUGGUGCUGGCGGUGCCCGCCCCGGCGGCGGCGGCGGGGGGCUGCGGGCCGUGCGAGGCGGCGCAGUGCCCGGCGCUGCCGCCGCGGGGCUGCCCGCUGGGCCGGGUGCGGGACGCCUGCGGCUGCUGCUGGCAGUGCGGGCGCGGCGAGGGCGAGGCGUGCGGUGGCGGCGGCGCUGCGGGAGGACGCUGCGCCCUCGGCCUCGAGUGCGUGAAGAGCCGCCAGCGCCGCAAAGCCAAGGGCGGCCCGGCCCCGGGGCCCCUUUUCCCCUCCGCCGGCGGCCCGCCCGGCGUGUGCCUCUGCAAGAGCCGCUACCCGGUGUGCGGCAGCGACGGGCUCACCUACAGCAGCGGGUGCCAGCUCCGCGCCGCCAGCCUGCGCGCCCAGAGCCGCGGCGAGCCUGCCAUCAGCCAGCGCAGCAAGGGAGCCUGCGAACAAGGACCCUCCAUAGUGACUCCUCCUAAGGACAUCUGGAAUGUGACAGGAGCACAGAUCUACCUGAGCUGUGAGGUUAUUGGCAUCCCAACCCCUGUCCUCAUCUGGAACAAGAUAAUUCGGGGUCAGUAUGGUGUCCAGAGAAUGGAGCUUCUGCCUGGAGACCGGGAGAACUUGGCUAUCCAGACCCGAGGGGGCCCUGAGAAACACGAAGUGACUGGCUGGGUGCUUAUAUCUCCUCUGAGCAAAGAGGAUGCUGGAGAAUACGAGUGUCACGCAUCAAAUGCCAAAGGAGAGGCAACAGCUUCUGCAAAAAUCCAUGUUGUAGAAACUCUGCAUGAAAUAGCUCUGACCAAAGAUGUGAAUGGAGUUUUACUGAGUUGUGUCACGAGGAGCACACUUACACCCCAGAAUAGAUGAUGUUCACUCCCCCUCUCACAGCAACAAUACUGCAAGAUGAUGGUGCAGAGCUGUGAUGUGAGGACUUUCACUUACGUAAAGUUUUAAGUUAGUAUUAUGAAAAACUGUAUCCUCUGGCUUUUUCUAGCUCACUAAUCAUCCCCUUAACCCCUUGUUCUUUGAUAACCAAUUUGCUUGCACACUUCUUUCACGCAUACACAAAUAAAGAGAUUCACAAGCCUGAUUACAAAUUUUAAUUCUAUUUACAGGAAAUAAACAUACGUUUGAAGAGCACAUAGCAGAUGAGUAAAACUGUAGUUUAAAUGCAACCUACACAAAGUGAAACAAAAUCUGAGCAAUUCAGUCUCAUCAUUAAAAAGGAACCUUUUUAAAGGCUAAACGCUCAUCAUACGAGGUGCAAUACUCAUAGACAUCAGUUCUUGGAAGAGGAGUUUGCAGGCAUAAGGCAUCCGCACCAAAGAUAUCUAGAAAGAGAUUUUAAAAGGCCUGUGAUAAGCAUUCCUAAAACAUCAACUUCCACCACCCUCUACACAAAUAACUUCUUGGGUUUUUGGCUCAAAAGUGCGCCUGAAGUUAUGCAUUAAAGCAUUUAACAGGAACUGCUCACAGACAGUAACCAAGAGGAAAGCUGAGACUGCCUUUAGAGACUACACAGAAGCUAUCCAGAUCACAUUUUUAAUAUGAAAACCUGCAGCCAAGGGAUAUGAUCCUAAACAACAGCUAUUUAACAAGGGAAAAUGUGCAAAGUGUGCCUGAUGUGCAGUAAAUGUGGUGACAAUUUCCAGCACACAUCUCUUCAGUAACCUCAAGGCCAUUUUAGAGUUGCAACAGUCAGUCCCCAGCACAAGAACAAGCCUAUUUAAGGCAACUAUAUUUAUCUCUGCUGCCACUUUCCCUUCACAUAGUUCUGUUACCAAGCAUACACUACAGAGCUUUUUCUUUAUUAACAACUAAAAAAGUGCAACACAAAAGGCCUCCCAUGGGGACUGAGCUCUGCAAGCAUAAAUAUCUUCAUGGGUACUCUCAAGGGCGAUGGCUCUGAAUUCCUGAUUCUGAGGUUCACAUCCAAAAAUAAGAUCUCAAGUGCCUAAUUUUAAAGUCUCAAAAAACUCCGCACUGCAAAACAGUUGAACAGCAUUUCCUGCCAAGUGUAAAAUUAAUAGCAAGACAUCCAAAUUAACUAGGAUGCUAUAAACACUUAAAACAGUUAUGAAACUAAAAUAGCAAUUGUUCUGGUGCUUCUUUAAAUAUUUACUUCCCUACGCUCCUGUUCACCCGAGCAGUGUUUCCUCUGGCCCACAAAGAGAAACAGUGCCUGAUGAAAACCACACAUACCUGAGUUUUAUUACGGCAUCCCCGGCAUUCGUAGGUGUGAGUCCUUGUGUUUGCAAUCGCCAUGAUGCCGCAGAGAUUGCAGACAUGGACUUGGUAUGGGUCUGAAGCUUCAAACAAUCUCUCUCUCAAGAACUGGGCUGCUCCGUGAGCUAUCUGGCAAUCUCGUUCCAUUUCUCCAAAACGAAGGCCACCAUCCCUGAAAAGAGGAAAUAAAACAAAACAACUUCUGAGUUCACUGGCAGAAUACACCAGUUUGUGCUGGUGAACAAAUAACUUAUCAGAAAAACCACAGCAGUAUCACAAGGUAGAAGUAAAGCUGUGCAGUAAUUUAACACCUCAGAAUAGUGUUAGGGAGAAACAUGAACACAGUAAUUCAUAACUGCUGCAGAGCAGCAGAGCAUUUCUAAAGCAGAUGUCAGACAGCUGACAGCCACAGCACAACCGCAUAGCAAAAUGAGGUAAACAUCAUUCCCUACUUAUCUGUGGUAGGUUUAACCUUGACUAGCUGCCACAUGCCCAUCAAAUAGCUCUCUCACUCCCCCACGUCAACAGGACAGGGGGUGAAAAUAAAAUGAGAAAAGCACAUGGGUUAAGAUAAAAACAGGGAGAUCACUUACUAAUUGCCCUCAAAGGCAAAACAGACUCAGCACGGAAAUUAGUUUAAUUUAUUGCCCAUUAGAAAUGAAGCAGGAUGGUGAGAAGCAAAAGACAAAACUAAAAACAUCAUCUUUUCUCCUACCUCCUUCCCAAGCUCAACUUUACCCUUCAUUUCCAACUUCCUCAUCCCCUCAAGUCAGGGGAAAAUUACGAUUGUAGUCAGUAUGUAACAGUUCCUCUCUGCCACUCCUAACUACUCACAUUUUUUCCCUGCUCUAGCACAGGGUGCCUUCCCAAUGGGAUAGUCCUUCAAGAACUAUUCCAGUACAGGCUCUUCUCAUGGGGCCCACAGUCCUUCAGGAACAGACUGCUGCAGCACAGGUCCCUCACAGAUCACAGCUCCUGCCAGGAGCCUGCUCCAGCAUGAGCUUUCCACAGGCUGCAGCAUGGUAUCUGCUCCAUGGGCUGCUGUCAGACAACAUGCUUCACCAAGGGCUGCAUGGCUAUCUGCUCCAGUGGCUGGAGCUCCUCCUCCUCUGACAUGGGAGUCUGCAGGACGGUUCCUUGCACAUUUUCUCACUCCUCCCUUACAGCUACUGCCCAGCACGUUUUACCCUUUCUUAAAGGUUGUUGAUGGUUCACCUUUGGCCAGAGUGGGUCUGUUCGAUCCACCUCUAAGCAGUUAUGGCACAGGACAACAGCAGGUCCUUUCCUGGAGAGGUCACCUCAGCAGUACCCCUUGCUACCAAAACCUUGAUACCUGUGCUCAACACAUCAUCUUCAGCUUAACAUAUAAAAAUGGAUAGCUUAUUGGGGUGAGCUAAUUCAGUUCUACCUGCAAAGUUGAGGCAGUUAAUUUUUAGGGCUAAAACUUUGAAGUAAAAGAAAACACUGUAUAGAAACUCAUGAACAUCCUUACCGAGAUCUACCCUCCAUGGGCUGUCUGUUAAGUAUCUGGAUAGGCCCUCUGGCACGGGAAUGGAUUUUGUCAUCUACCAUGUGCUUCAACCGCUGAUAAUAUGUAGGACCAAUGAAGAUCUGUGAUGUGAUUUUUCGACCAGUGAAGCCAUUGUAGAGAACCUGAAGUAAUCAAUGCAAUUACUGAAUCAUAAGCCCUCAUAUCCACCAAAUGUGUAUUAAAACAUUACAGUGAAAUGA